AUGGCCACCGCACCGAUCAUCACCUUCAAAGCUGGUCAAUGUGAUCUCGACACCUCAUCGAAGCCAUUCAAGGUCAAGCCACAAGCUCAGCCCGGCUACAUCUACCUAUAUUCUGAAGAUGACCUCAUCCACUUCUGCUGGCGGAGACGCGAUGCCUCUCUCACCGAUCCAGAGCUAGACCUUGUCAUGGUCCCGACCGAUGGCUCCUUCGUCCCCUACGAGCACAAGACAUCUCCCCAGCCCACCGCGAAGACGAAUGGUCGCAUAUUCGCUCUCAAAUUCGCUUCCUCUUCGCAACGCCACCUCUUCUGGUUGCAAUCAAAGCCGCAGAGCCAGAAUGGGGAUGAGAGCUGGUUCAGCCCUCGGGACCGCAAGAUUGGUGAGAUUGUCAACUCAUUACUGCAGGGUGAGGAAGUGGACGUCACACGGGAGCUGGCCAACGUGCGAGGGUCAAACAACCAACCUGACGACGAUGAUGACGAUGAGGACAUGGAAGAUGCUGAACCGUCUCUUGGGCACCGUGCCAGCGGAGGCGGUGGUGCGGGCGCGGACGCCACAGGCGGUGACGUGCGCGAAGAGGGCGAGAGCUCAAGAGAGGGAGGAGCCGACGGAGCACGAGCGGGACCGGCUGGAGACUCGGAUGCUUCUGAGGCGGUGAGGAAUCUUUUGAGCUCCCUCGCCGAGCAGCCAGGACUGUCCGGCGGCCAGAGUCAGACGCAGGACAAGCCGUACCCUCAUUUGAGCCACCUCCUACCGACAUUUAUCACUGUAGCAAUGGUCGACUACAUCGCAGCGAACGAUCCCGCCCGCUUGGACAGCUUUCUCAGCUUCCUCCCGCCGUCUGUGCUAGUGCUCUCCGGACCCAACCCAGAGGCGUCCAGCGGCAAUGACGAACCGGCUGCUGCUGAGGUCGAGAAGGCAAAAGCAGCAAUGUCCCACAAUGACAAGAAGGCGCUUCUGAAGAAAGUUCUUCGUAGUCCGCAGUUCUUCCAGGCCUUGGGUGUGCUGACUCAGGCUCUCAGGGAUGGUGGACUUCCUGGAGUCGCAGAUGCUCUGGGCAUCCGGGUGGAAAAUGGAGGUUAUCUGCCAAAUGGGACUAUGCCAUUGGGUGGCGGCCAGGCUAUCGAGGCUUUCGUUGAAGGUGUGAAGAAGACAGUUGGUGGGCAGUAG